AUGGAGUUCGGUAAAACGCUCGGAACUGCGUGCAGUACAUUCGCCAUUACAAACAUUGACGAUAUCUUCAUUUUGGUUACUUUCUUUGCCGAGUCGUCGUCUCCCAGCAACACGCUAACGCCCCUUAAAAUCACUAUUGGGCAAUAUGUCGGAUUUACCGUCAUUAUGGUUAUCUCCAUGAUUGGCUUCGGCGCUUCACUCGCCCUUCCAUCUGAGCCAAUUGGCUUCCUUGGUUUGCUCCCAGGUUUGCUCGGCAUUUAUAAAAUUCUCGAGUUGCUCAUUUCUUACGACGAAGAGGAUGAGGCUCCAAAUUUUUCCAGUACUAGGAAUGCCAUCAAAGUUGCAACCAUAACAGUGAUAAACGGAGGAGACAAUAUCGGAACUUAUAUUCCUCUCUUUUCACAAACCGAAGGUGCGGAGAUAGCAGUGUAUGUUGUCACAUACUAUAUCUUGCUGGGGGUAUUGUGCCUUAUUGGAUAUCUGGUGAUGAAGCAGAAGCAUCUCCUCAGGGUCGCUGAGAAAUAUGCACAUCUGGUAAUACCGUUCUUAUAUAUGGGUAUAAGCAUCUUUAUCAUCGUUGAAUCCGAAUGCUACCCUUGGUCCAUUGAACGGAUCGAUGAUUCAAUAUCAUCCCACCCAGGAAAGAUCAUUCUCGCCGUUGUAACGGUAUCUGUCAUCCUGUUUUGUGCAGGAGCGUUGACGUGGCACCGACUGCGGAAGAAGAGCAGGCAGACAAGCAACAUCGACGAGUUACCUCAGUCCCCAACAAUAGACGCGGCCCAGCAAUUCCCAGAGCAUAGUGAAGGACUACCAUCGGCUGGUGAGACUGGAAUAGAAGAUGGUCGAGAUAUUGCUGAGAAUCGGAAACUGAGUAGUAAUAGAGUAGACAUAAGUGCUUGUCGUGAAGGACCACUAGGCCAAAGUCCUCGAGAACGAGAGCCCCUGCUACAAGGGACGGAGUGA